AUGGAUCCGGUAACUCUCCAAUUCCCGAUAAUAUUAACCGCCGCCGCCGAUAUCGCCGCCGAUGAGCUGCCGGAAACUGCCGCGGAGCUCAAAGACGACAUUCUCGAAGAAAUCCUGUCGUGGCUGCCGGCGAAGUCUGUUCUCCGGUGGAAGAGCGUGAGCAAGCCAUGGCAGCGGAUGCUCGACAAGCCUGUUUUCUCGCGAAUCCACUUCUCCAGAGCUCCGGCCUGCCCUCUCCUCGUCUCCGGCGGGCGAUCGGUCUGCAGAUCCUGCCGGAUUCUCCAUCUGGUGGAGGGGCGGAGCGUCUCCGAUCUCGAUUCCGGCGCCUGGAGCUCAAGGCUGAUCUCUCGAUUCGACAUCCGCACGCGCGCCGCCGCGGCGGCGGAGCCGCCGAAGGUGCAGGAUGUUUUCCUCCGCCCCAACACCAACGCGACCUCCUGCGAGGGAUUGCUCUGCUGGACCGCCUACGAUCAGAAUCGCGGCGAUUGCAUUGUUGUAUGCAAUCCGAUCACGGCGGAAUACGUCUCGCUCUCGUCAUCGCCGAUGGAUGAGGACGACAUCUACGCCUUCGUCGGGAUGGGGUAUAGCGCUGCGAAGAAGCGAUUCGAGCUUCUGAGGAUGGCGGCGAGGGCGGACGAUGAGGAGGAGGAUAUGUUUUUCUGGCCGGAGAUUCAAUCCGUUGGAGGAAACGGCGACGGGAGCUGGAGGCGCGUUGGCGGAGGAACCUCUCAGUAUGUUUUAUGCCGAACGAUUUCGCAGGUGGUUUACGUCUCCGGUGGGGUUUACUGGAGCUACGAUGGCUACUCGGUCGUUUGCUGCUACGAUUUCGACAACGCUCUGUUUCAGAUCGUCGCGUUGCCUAAAAUGAGCCUCUCGAUGCUCGAAACCAACAGCAUUGCCUCGAAGAGCAUGAGUUUAGGUGUGUUGGAUGGCGCCCUCUGCGCGUCCCUUGUCUGCCCGGGGGAUGGCCAUGUCGAGCUCUUCGUGCUGGAGGGUGCCAACACCGGGCUGCAGUGGAGGAAGCUCUACGAUGUGGAGACGAGGACGACGUUUUUGGAGCACGCGGGCGUUCUGUGGCCGAGGGGGCAGUACAAGGCGAUCAAGUACCUGAGCCGGGGCGAGAUCUUGAUGCACGACUGGAGGGGGAAGUUUGUGAUCUACAACCCGGUCACGAAGGAGGAGAGGCACGUGUGCGUGCUGGAGGAUUCGCGGCUUGAGGAGGAUCUGAGGAACGACGGGGUUGAUGAUCUGCAGGUCGUGUCUCACGUCCCGCGCCUCGGGAGGCUGAGGGAGGCCUUGAAUGUGGGUGAGGAGGAAGUGCAGGUGAUGAAGGGCUUGAAUUUGUAUGAUGAAGAGGAGCAGAGGUCUCUUGAGGAAGAUGAAUGAAAUUUGUUGUAAUACUAUAUUUGAAGUGAAUUGCAAAACUAGAAUAGAAAGGUGUGCUGUCUCUGCUGUGUAACAGAGCCUUGUAUUAUAGAAUCAAAUAUUAAUCUAUUCCAAAUCAAUUCCA